ACGAGUAGGAAAAGCCCCCCUGGGGAAGCGACGGCGGUGCGAAGGAGGUCCUGGGCUGGUGGUGACGUCACGGCAGGGCGACGGGAGCUCCGGGGAAGCGGAAGAGCGUCGCGGAGGAAAACAGCGGCGCCCCCAAAUCUUCUUUGGGCAGGACAAUAGGCAGACAGAAAGGCCAAAUUUAUUCUGAACAUCUGGCUGACUGUGCGAAGAACAACAACAACAACAAUAAUAAUAAUAAUACCACCUAGGACGCUGGCAGCAACUCAUAUCAGCCACCAGCACCAGUCAUUGGUUUUUUUUUUUUCCUUUUUGAAGAGAUGCCCAAGGUAAAAAGGAGCAGGAAACCUCCUCCGGAUGGCUGGGAAUUGAUCGAACCAACCUUAGAUGAGCUGGAUCAAAAAAUGAGAGAAGCUGAGACCGAACCACAUGAAGGAAAAAGAAAAGUGGAAUCUCUUUGGCCCAUCUUCAGAAUUCAUCAUCAGAAAACCCGCUAUAUUUUUGAUCUCUUCUACAAAAGGAAAGCCAUUAGCAGAGAAUUAUACGAAUAUUGCAUCAAAGAAGGUUACGCAGACAAAAACCUGAUUGCAAAAUGGAAGAAACAAGGCUACGAAAACCUCUGUUGCUUACGCUGCAUCCAGACCCGCGAUACCAAUUUUGGAACCAACUGCAUUUGUAGAGUGCCCAAAAGUAAACUGGAAGUGGGGAGAAUAAUUGAGUGUACUCACUGUGGCUGCCGGGGCUGCUCGGGAUGAAAACGUUCUUCAAAAGAAACCCCAACUUUUUAGAGGUUUUAAGUGACUGUUACCAUCAAGGACUGCUCAUAAGAACUUUUUUUCCCCCACAACCUGCUGUCGAGAUGACUCUCUUUGUAUCCCGCGGUAGAAUAAUUAAAUGUGUAAAUGCAGUAAUGUGUUUUCAUGUCUUGUGUUGUCGUUGUAUUUUAAAAUAAAAGUCUUGCCUACUUCUCCCAAA